AUGGCCACCUCGAUCACCGCCCGCAGCGCUGUGUCCGAAGAUGAGAUCAAUCUAGCCAGCACCAUGCCUCGCCUGACAGCCAUGUCCAUAGUUUCGAGUCCAGCUGAAGACCAUGCAGCGCGGAAUUCGACUUGGAAAUCCACCAUCAUCGUGGCGGCCUCCUUUGUCAUCAUCUUCACCUGCUGUGGUCUCAAUUUCGCAUGGGGUGUUUAUCAAGCCCUAUAUGAGAGCCUGGCACGGAAGCCCGGAACGCCUUUUACCGGAGCAUCGCCGGCAGAGAUCGAUCUGAUUGGUACCAUCUCAGUGUCCCUGAUGACCAUCGGAGGCCCUUUCGCGGUCGCUUGGGCGAAGCGCUUCUCUCCUCGCGUGGUCUCUUUUGGGGGUGGUCUUGUCUUCGGGCUUUCUCUCAUCCUGGCCAGCUUCGGCACGAAGUUGUGGCAUUUCGAGCUGACCCAAGGGCUGCUGAACGGCAUUGGUACCUGCUUGUGCUACAUGAUACCAGUCACCAUUGCCCCCACGUGGUUUACCCAUCACCGAGGCCUAGCUAUGGGCAUCAUCUUAUCAGGCACUGGUGUGGGUGGUCUGGUAUGGGCGCCCGCGCUGACUGCGUGUGUUAACGCCCUCGGAUUUCGCAACACCCUGCGCCUGACUGGUGGUCUGUCAUUCGCGCUGGUCGCGGUCGCUAGCGGUGCAAUGGCCUGGGAGCCAGCCAGCCAGCGUCGUAUCGCAAUUGAAAAUGCCUCGAGAACCAGUCGUGUGGAUGGUAUUCUGAACGUGCCACUGGUGGACUGGCGCGUUGCCCGGACGCGUCGUUUCAUGGCCCAGGCAUUAGGCGCCAUCUUUCAGGCGGCUGCAUAUUACACACCCGUCUUCUUCUACGCCUCGUACGCCCAGUCCCUUGGAUACAGUACCACAGCCAGCUCCAACUUCAUUGCCCUCAGCAAUGCCUGUAACGCAGUGGGCAAAAUCGUCAUUGGCCAUGUGGCCGAUCGUCUGGGUCGGUUAAAUGCUCUUCUGCUCACCACUUGUCUCAGUGCCAUCGCUACCGUUGCCUUCUGGUUACCAUCCACUUUGACCGGUCAGAUGGCGCAGUCGCAGGGUCUAUUUAUCACGUUCACUAUCCUGUAUGGCACCUUCGCCAGUGCAUAUGUGUCUCUCUUUCCAACUAGCCUUGUUGAGCUGUUCGGGGUACAGAAUUUUGCCUCCGUCAACGGGGUUUUGUACAUGGUUCGUGGCAUGGCCACCAUGGUCGGUACCCCGGUUGGUGGUGUCUUGGUCAGAAGUGCGGCCAAUGCCCUCACCCCGAAGGCGUACGAGAACAUGUCGGUACUGGUCAGCGCCCUGCUGUUUGCUGCCACAGCUGCAAUAGUCUGGGUGCGCUUGGAGGCAAUGAUUGGGCCCGAUGGACAUCUGCUCUGGAAAUGGCGACAGUAG